GAAAAACUGUGGGUUUGUCGAGGGAUCGAGGAAGAAGAAGGCUGUUCUGUUCGUGUUCAACGCUGAGGCGAUUAUAAGUUUGCUCUCGUCUCCUAUUUCUCCAUUUAAAACUGUCGUGCAAUGGCGAGGGAUGUGCUGACCGAUCCUUGGAAGCUUGGUGAGCUGAAGGGCUGGGCGCCGCUCUUCCGCAACCCGUUCACCGACAUCUUCGGCUGCGUCAUGACGCACCAGUCUGGCUUCAAGUGCCAGGACUUCGAGGCCCGAUUCGGAGACUGCAUGGAGGCGUACGGGCCGCACCGCGGGGCCAAGGAGUGUCGCGUCUACUUCAACGACCUAAUGGAGUGCUCGCGGAUGACCAAGCAGGUCAAGCGGGUGCAGGAGAUGCGAGCCGAGCGGAAACGACAGUACAAGGCCGGCGAGUUGAAGGAGCGGUACGCACCACCGCCCAAGAUCGACGCCUUUUGACCUGGCUCGGCGUGGUGCGGAGAUGCGCUGGUGGCGGGCUGGCCGGCUGUAGUGUGAAUAUAUGUUGGAGGUGUGCUGA